AUGUCUGAAAUUGUCCAGCAGGUUAUAUGAUUCAAAAAUAAAAAAUAAACCACACAUUAGGCUACGGUACAGAUAUUCGCCUCUAGAUGGUAGGCUAUUAAAGCAUGUAUGAUAGAUAAGAAAUGUUUACCUCUCUUAAUAGGUCUCUAUUUACAUUAUAUUUUUUCAGAUCGGAAGAAAUAUUGCACAUGUUCUGGAAAUGUACACAAUUACAAGCAUUUUGGAAAAUUGCUGUACUAUUCGUAUCAGUUAUUCCCAGCGAUCAGAAACAAAAAUAUAGGGACCCUUGCGGUAGGCCUACUGUAGAUUUAAAGGAGAGGAAAUUUUAUUUAGUAAAACCACAACUUAAAUCACCAUUUAUGUCAUUGCAUCUUUUCUAUACAGUGAAAGUGAAUGGUGAUUGAAACUGUCGUUCUGCUUAACAUCUGCUUUGAGAGUAGGAAAACUACUAUUUAUUAUUAUGCUGCUUUUUAUGAUGGCAACCAUACAACGUGUAGUCAUCUAACAAUUAAAACUAGCUUUAAACAGAACUGAUGUCCCCCAGUCAAACAUGACAUACUGGCAUUAACUUUAAAGUGCACUGUCGGCAAUGACCAUUUUCUUCACAACUGAUCCUCCGUAAUGCUCAUGUUUUGUUGUGAGCGCAUGCGCAGCUCUGCCACAAUUUUCGCGCGAAACACUAAGGCGGGCCGUGCGAAUCUUCAUUCUGCGGAUUCGAUUGGACGCAGCAACCCAAGAGACAGAAUAUGUAGAUGAGUCACCGGUGUGUUGACCAAUCAGCACUCGGAUUCCACAGCGACAGAAGCCUGUUGGCGCGAAAAGACCCACAACAGAGCUGAGAUCGACACGAGGUGUUCUGCACUGAGCAUUUCUCAACACUUUUAAAAGCUAUACAGAAAAAUGGCUGGUGAGGUUCUGGACGAUCAGGAAAUGAGGGAGGCGCAGAGGGAUUACCUGGAUUUUCUUGACGAUGAUCAAGACCAGGGCAUUUAUCAGAGUAAAGUGCGAGAGAUGAUCAGCGAAAACAAAUCCAGACUCAUUGUGAACCUCAACGACCUCCGCCGCCGCAACGAAAAGCGAGCAGCCAAGCUGCUGAAUAAUGCUUUUGAAGAGCUCCUGGCGUUCCAGCGUGCCCUGAAAGAUCUGGUGGCUUCAAUAGAUGCUACUUAUGCCAAGCAACACGAAGAGUUCUUCAUCGGUCUGGAGGGCAGCUUCGGCAGCAAACACGUCUCCCCACGAACCUUGACCUCUCGCCUGCUGGGUAGCGUGGUGUGUUUGGAGGGCAUCGUCACCAAAUGCUCUUUGGUGCGUCCCAAAGUAGUACGCAGUGUGCACUACUGCCCAGCCACUAAGAAGACCAUGGAGCGCAAAUACACUGAUAUGACCUCUUUAGAUGCUUUUCCUUCAAGUGCCAUUUAUCCCACCAAGGAUGAGGAGAACAAUCCACUUGAGACUGAGUUCGGUCUGUCCAUCUAUAAGGACCACCAGACCAUCACAGUGCAGGAAAUGCCCGAGAAAGCCCCUGCCGGUCAGCUGCCCCGCUCUGUGGACAUCAUCCUGGACAAUGACUUGGUGGAUGCUGUAAAGCCAGGGGACCGUACGCAGGUGAUCGGCACCUACCGCUGCCUGCCUGGCAAGAAGGGGGGGUUCACCUCAGGCACCUUCAGGACCAUUAUGAUCGCCUGCCACGUCAAACAGAUGAGCAAAGAAGUCUCUCACUUCUUCUGUGCAGAUGAUGUGUCCAAGAUCAAAAGCUUCUGCAGAACUCGCUCGAAGAAUUUGUUUGAUACGUUGGCUCGCUCCCUGGCCCCAAGCAUUCAUGGUCACGAGUACAUAAAGAAGGCGAUUCUAUGUAUGCUUCUGGGAGGGGUGGAGAAGGUUUUGGAGAACGGCUCACGCAUUAGAGGAGACAUCAAUGUGCUGCUCAUAGGUGACCCCUCAGUGGCCAAGUCUCAGCUGCUUCGGUAUGUUCUGCACACUGCUCCUCGUGCCAUUCCCACCACAGGCCGAGGCUCGUCAGGUGUGGGUCUGACCGCAGCCGUCACCACUGACCAAGAGACAGGUGAGCGACGUCUCGAGGCUGGCGCCAUGGUUUUGGGGGAUCGAGGGGUGGUCUGUAUCGACGAGUUUGACAAAAUGUCAGAUAUGGAUCGCACUGCUAUCCAUGAGGUCAUGGAACAGGGACGGGUCACCAUCGCUAAGGCCGGCAUCCACGCCCGACUGAACGCCCGCUGCAGUGUCCUGGCAGCUGCCAACCCUGUCUAUGGCCGAUAUGAUCAGUAUAAGACCCCCAUGGAGAACAUCGGUCUGCAGGACUCCCUGCUGUCUCGUUUUGACUUGCUCUUCAUCAUGCUGGAUCAGAUGGACCCAGAGCAGGACCGUGAGAUCUCCGACCACGUCUUGCGCAUGCACCGCUACAGAGAUCCUCAUGAGCAGGACGGAGCAGCUUUUGCUCUUGGUGGUACAGUUGAUGCACUUGCCACUGAAGACCCUGAUGUAACGCAGGAGGAAGAAGAGGAGCUACAAGUGUACGAGAAACACAAUCCACUCCUCCAUGGCAGCAAAAAAAUCAAGGACCGAGUGGUGAGCAAAGCGUUCAUGAGGAAGUACAUCCAUGUUGCCAAGGCUCUUUCUCCUGUUCUGACUCAAGAUGCAGCCAAUCACAUUGCAGAGGAGUACUCACGUCUGCGCAGCCAGGAACAGCUCGGCUCUGAUAUUGCACGGACGUCACCCGUCACUGCUAGGACCCUGGAGACUUUGAUCCGUCUGUCUACAGCUCACGCCAAAGCUCGCAUGAGCAAAGUUGUGGAGCUGGUGGACGCAGAAGUUGCUGUAGAGCUUGUGCAGUUUGCCUAUUUCAAGAAGGUUUUGGAGAAGGAACGUAAGCGCUCUAGAAAUGGUGAGCAAGACGCAGCCUCAGAGGAUGAAGAGGAGGAUGAAGUACGAGACACACCUCGAAGACUGAGAAAAAGACAAGCUCGGGGCAGUGAGUCACAUGACCCCUAUGACUUUGAUACUGAGACUGAAGUACCACAAAUUCAGUCCCCAGCUCCUGCGAGGCAGGAUGAGGAGGCGAUGGACAUUCCUGAUCAGAACGGUCACUCAGAGUUGUCCGAUGACAGGUUGAAAGAGUUUAAAACCGCAUUGCUGGAGGUGUUCCGCUCUUCUCAUGCUCAGUCAGUUGGCAUGAUUGCUCUGAUGGAGGGCAUCAACAAGAGCUGCCCAUCACCAUUUACAGAAACUGAGGUCCGUGCUGCCCUCGUCCGCAUGCAGGACGACAACCAGGUUAUGGUGGCUGAUGACAUCAUCUUCCUUAUAUAAAUGUGUUUUCUGGAGAGAGUUCAAGUGUAGAUCUAUGUCAGAAGAUCUGCAGUAUGUGUGCUAUGUUUAUUUUCAUAUUCUUGUACAUGCAUGCACAUUCACUCAAUUUCUUAAGUGCAUGUAUUAAAAAAAAUCGAGUUUGAUUUUUGCCAAGACAUUUUUAGCUCUUUUUCUCUAUGUAACAUAUUUUUAAUGUUUAUCGGCUUUCUUAGAUUUGGUUAAUAUUCUUCAGAAAUGAGCCUUUUCUGUUGGCUUUUAUAUUUUUCUUAAGAAUAGUUUGGACCAGUGUCUGCAGAUUAUUUUACUUUUUUUUUUUUACAUUAUUUUACAACUUGUAAAUACUGAAUUAUUGUUUAAAAUAAUUAAAUCGCUGAAAAUGUAAAAAAAAAAAAAAAAUGUCAAUAAUGUCCAGUUAUAUACUUCAGAAUACAGUUGUUCUGUUGGAGUUGUGGCCUAAUGCUCCACGCACAUUGAGCUGUGGUGCUUAAGUAGGAGAUGGAGGUUUCAACUUAUUCUUCAAUUCCCAAUAUUGUCCUGCCUCUGUCAAUAAAAAAUUGACAAAAACGUU